AUGCCUAACUACAAACACCUCUUCCCCAUCCCUCCCAGUAGUCCGCUGGAUGCCCCCAUUCAACGCUCAACUUCCACUGACAAGAUCUCCACCACAAUCCCAACAAUCGAUCUCUCCCCUUACCUCACCAAAUCCGACAGCAAUGACCCCAAAAAAGCCACCGUCAUCGCCGUGAUCCGCGAAGCCUGCCAAACAACUGGCUUCUUCCGCAUCACCCACCACGGCAUCUCCCCCCUCCUCCAGUCCGACCUCCUGAUCGCCGCAAAGCACUUCUUCGCGCUUCCGCUCGCAACCAAGCGCCGGUACAUCGAUACGAUUGCCCGGAAGGGGUACGAGGAGAUUGGCUCUCAGAUGCUGCAGCAGGGAACGAGGCCGGAUAUCAAAGAAUGCUACUUUGUCGGCGCGGAACCUGCCAUGCCAAAGGAACCGCCCUACCGACCGUUCGAGUAUCCUAAUAUCUGGCCUGACGCGUCCGUCCUCCCGGAAGUGGUCUUCAAGGAGCCGAUCUUGAAGUACCAUGGGGCUAUCUGUGAGCUUGCUCGGACUAUCAUGGAGAUUCUGGUAAAGGGGUUGGAGGAUGAUUUUCCAGGGCUGCUAUCGGAGAAAUUGCUGCAAGAUUUCUGUCGAGAGCCCUGCGCGAGCUUGAGGCUAUUGAGGUAUCCGGGGCCAUCGGCUGGUGGGGAUGGUUCGAUGGAGAAGGGCAAGGGUCAAAAUAUAUGGGUGCACAGGGGCGAGGUUGUGGCAGGGGCACAUACGGACUUUGGGGAGGGGCAGGAAGCGGAAGUUUGGGUCGAUGUUCCAUCCACGCCGGACGCUUAUGUUGUGAACAUUGGAGAUAUGUUUGAAAGAUGGACUGGGGGCCGGUAUCGGAGUACGGUCCAUCGGGUGGUGGAUGUCUGUGGGAGAGAGAGGUACUCGGUGCCGUUUUUCUAUGAUGGAAACUUGGAUUUCAUGUUUCGGCCCCUAGACAAGGAUGCCUCUUUGAAGGCGGACUGCCGUGAGGUGACGAUCAGAGCGUAUUUGAUGAAGAAGUUUGAGAAGAUCUAUCUUUGA